AUGGCGACGGGCCAGGCGCUGGCGCGGGCGCUGGGGUGGGCCACGUCGAUUGCGGCCAUGGUGGUCAUGGGCUUCGUCGCGAAUCGAUGGCCGGCCAAGAUUGGUUCCAUCGCGGGGGGCAUGGUCGGUGUCGCCAUGGCGCUCCUCAACGACAGCUGGCAGAUGCUGUCGAUUGCGAACCGCGCGGUGGGCUUCGCGCCGCUGUCGCCGCAGCGCGCCAUGCUGCACGACAUGGUCGCCAUGGCCAUUUGCAUGGGCGGCCUCGUGCUCGUCAUCUUUACCGGCACGAGCCCCGACACGACCGACGCGAGCUACGACGUGCGGUAUGCGCUCGACAAUGCCCAGUACGGCGCGGCCUUUACGCUGCGGCGGCUCAUGAAUGCCGCGCACUGGUUCCUGGUCGGCGUCAUACUAUGGCGGUUUGUGUUUGCGGUAUGGGGGUGCUACGAUUGCGUGAAAAUGGCGACGCCGGAGCAGCAGAGGCUGCGAUAUCGACGGCAGAUGGAAGAAGCGCAGGCUUAUGAUGCGUGA